AUGGCGCUCGCGGUGAAGUUUGUGUCGUUGACGGUCAAGACGCUCGCGAAGCCUCUGGCGACGCAGUUCGAGGCGUACGUGAUGGACCACCCGCGGUCGCGCCAGGCAGCCAUCCGCGUGGCUCAGUGGCUGCACCAGGCCGAAGUCAGUAUCACGCGCGGCGCGGAGGGCAAGACAGGCCGCGCGUUCGUGGGCCAGAUGACCGACGAAGCCUCCGUCAAGCUCGCAUCCAAGGUCGCGUCCGAGGGCUUCCUGUACGCCACCGCCUCGGGUCUGCUGUUCUACGAGUACCGGAAUUCGAAGAUCCAGGCGGACGAGAAGUCGCGGAAAGCCGCCGCGGAGCGCGCGUCGCUCGACCUGCGGCUGAGCCGGCUCGAGGAGAGGGCGAGCACGGCGUGGGACGAGGCGCGGCAGGCGCAGGAGCGGCUCGCGGCGCUGGAGGACCAGGUGCUGGGGCGGCGGUGGGUGCCGCCGAUGACGCGGGCACCGGCAAGCGGUGACGACGCGCCGCGGCGGACGUGGGCGGAGUGGCUGGGGAUCACGCGCGGGGGCGGCGCGGAGGAGCUCGCGCGGGUGGACCCCGGGGAGGUCGGCCUGUCGGACGAGGACGGCGCGAACGGACAGUGA